AUAAAUGUGUGUAUAUAUACAUCUUUGGCUAUAAAUAUAAGGUCGAACCAAAAUAAAAUAUAGAUUUGGGGAAACUAAUAAAUGAUAUAGAGAAUCCACCUCUCUCCCUUAUUUUUUUUUCUUGGUUUCUUGACCUAUUAUUAUUGAUUAGUAAUAGUGAGAGAGGCAUAUUUUGGAGAUACACAUAAACACAUAAAUUGGAAGAAUAAAAUAAAAGAGAGUGAGAGAUGGCUAAAUCAGAUAUGUUGCCGUUCUUGGCGAUGGUGUUGGUGCAAAUCGGCUACGCAGGCAUGAACAUUACGUCGAAGAUGGCUAUGGAGGCCGGUAUGAAGCCACUCAUCCUGGUCGCUUAUCGUCAGAUAUUUGCCACUAUCGCCACUUUUCCGGUCGCAUUUUUUCUCGAACGGAAGACAAGACCGAAGAUCACACUUAGGAUUCUUGUCCAAGUCUUCUUCUGCUCCAUUACUGGUGCGACUGGAAACCAAGUGCUAUAUUUCGUAGGACUUCAGAAUUCAUCUCCGACCAUUGCUUGUGCCUUAACUAAUCUCUUACCAGCGGUCACUUUCCUCCUCGCCGCAAUAUUCAGACAAGAAACCGUGGGGAUCAAGAAGGCAUCAGGACAAGCCAAAGUGAUAGGGACGCUAGUAUGUGUGAUCGGAGCCAUGGUUCUCUCCUUCUACCAUGGUCACACCAUCGGCAUUGGAGAAUCCAAGAUCCAUUGGGCCUACGCUGAAAACAUCACGAAACAUGGUUCCAGUUCUGGCCAUUCUAAUUUCUUCUUGGGACCUUUUCUUAUUAUGGCUGCUGCCGUUUCUUGGGCCGCUUGGUUCAUUAUCCAGACGAAGAUGAGUGAAACAUUUGCAGCACCGUACACGAGCACACUACUAAUGUGUUUGAUGGGAAGUAUCCAAUGUGGAGCCAUUGCUUUGAUCUCCGAUCAUACAAUCUCUGAUUGGUCUCUCAGCUCUCCUCUCCGCUUCAUAUCCGCCCUUUAUGCCGGAGUGGUGGCGUCUGCGUUAGCUUUCUGCCUAAUGUCAUGGGCUAUGCAGAGGAAAGGUCCUCUGUACGUCUCUGUUUUCAGCCCUUUACUUCUCGUAGUUGUCGCCAUUUUCAGCUGGGCUCUUCUUGAAGAGAAACUCUACACCGGCACGUUUAUGGGAUCAGCACUUGUGGUUAUUGGUCUCUAUGGCGUAUUGUGGGGGAAAGACAGAGAGGUGAGUGAGAAGGAAGAAGAAAGGGAGAAGGUGAAACAACAAAACCAUAAAGUCAAGAGUGAAAGUAAUGAAGAUAUUGAAUCGAGAUUACCGGUAGCAAGUAGUGGAAAUGGUUCCACAAGGUCUACAUCGCCUUAAAAUGGUGAUUGCUUCUUCAUCAUAUAUAAGUAUGAGCUAUGGAAGAACCUUUUGGGAUUUCUUGUUAUCUAAGUUACUGCAACUAAAUUGGAUUUUCGGAGUGUUUAAUUUUGUAUCCCAUUUUGAGGCUAAUGAUGGAGUGUUGAUUUGUGUGUUCAUCCUAUGGACAACAAAUAUCACCUGUUUGAUCUCUAUAUAUAUUCAGUAUUCUUAAUCUUCAUCGUUUCCAUUAUCUUAUUUUCUUUCUAAUAACCUAUUUCCUUUAUCCCCAAAACAAAUCAAAUCAUAG